AUGGCACCGAUUGAACCCCAAUCUCAGACUUGUCAAACGGCGGAUGUGGCAAUUGUUGGUGGCGGUGCGAGUGCCCUUGCCAUUCUCCUUCACUUGAUUGAGAAGGGCCAAGAAGGCAACCUGUUUUCCAAGAUCGUCGUGUUUGAGAAGAGUGCCCUGGCCGGUCCCGGGCUGGCCUAUUCAUCAUCAUGUCAAGGCACCAUUCUCAACAUGCACACCGAUACCAUGGGCCUCUACCAGGCUAAGCCCAAACACUUCACACAAUGGCGAAGUACUCUCACAGGAGGUGAUUUUCCCUCGCGAGAGGAAUACGGGCAGUACCUGCAAGCCACUUGGUCUCAGGCCAUCCAACAAGCCCGACAGAUUGGGCUAGGCAUUGAUGUUAUCAACGAAGAGGUACACGACAUUGAGCGAUUGGACGACGGCAGAUUCGAGCUCAAAGUCGAAAGUGGAAACCGACUUGUCACGCAAUCUGCGGUGUUGGCCCUCGGCAACUUCACCGCGACUAUCAAUUCUCAACUUAUCGGGCUUCGUGGCUUCUACCCGAGCCCAUGGCCACUGUCCAAAUUGAAGAUGAUCCCCAGCGAUGCCCCGGUUCUGAUUGUGGGCUCGCGGUUAUCGGCAAUCGACGCAGCAACUUUCCUCAACGAGAAUGGCCACCGAGGGACCAUCACUUUGAUGUCCCGCAGUGGCUGCUUGCCAAAAGUGCAAGGACCAAAUGAGCCGUACUCUCGUCGUUAUGUGCUCCACGAUCUUGCAGCACAAGUCGAAUCCGACCCCAACGAUGCCCUGCUUCAGAUUAUGCGAGCCCUGAUGGUGGAGCUGUCACGGGCCACUGAUGGUGACUGGAGUUGGCUGAUCGAUGACCUGUCACCGCUCAAGCAGCUCGAACAUGAUAUCAAUGCGGCACAGACAGGUCAAGUCCAAUGGCAGUCAGUCCUUCGAGGCACAGCACCGGUCAUAGAGCGAUAUUGGGCGUCUAUCUCUCCAGCAAGUCAGGACCUUUUCAUGAAGGAGUUCUACUCCAUGUGGAUGAGAUUCCGCCAUGCAAUGCCGGUGCAGAAUGCCAAAAAGAUCCUCCACAUGAUGCAAAGCUCCCAGCUACGCGUUGUCCGGGGCAGUCUAGUCCAGUGGGAGGGUGGCCGCUUCCGCGCAGAUACCUCGGACGGAAUCAUUGAGGUUGACCAUGUUGUAGAAGCAACGGGACAGGAGUGUGGUCUCGAUCACAUCAGUGCUCCCUUAAUCCAGUCGGCACUCAAGAAGAAUCUGUUCAAGGCUCAGCGUCACGGUGGCAUCGCCGUUGAUCUGGACACUCUGAGCGCAGCACCGGGCCUCUACGCCAUCGGCUCGCUCACUCGCGGCACUCACUUUUACGUGAGCGCCAUCGACCGAAUUGCCGCGCACGCGGCUCGUAUCUCCUGCGCCCUGACGAAACAGCCGGUUCCCCGAUCAUUGCAUGUGGCGAUCUUCUGCGGAUCGGAUCUAUUCUCUCAGCUGAUGGUCAGCAAGUUGGUGCCGCAAAUUCUCGCGGAUGGCCAUGUCCCCUUCAUUUAUCUGCCCAAGCACCGGGCAAAGGCGACGGCCUCUCCAUUCGAGCUUCGAGAGCUUGCCUUCUUUGAGCGAGAGUUGCUGCAGCAGUAUGUUCGUCCAUACUUCCAGGACAAACCAGUCUCCACUGGUGGAGCACACCAGACAGUUGAUCAAAUCCGAAAGAUGUACGGAAUUUUGGUUGAAGAUGUCCCCAACAUCAACAACCUCUCUUUCAUUGACUCACUGGCCAAACACCACAUUAGCAUUGGUCUCUCGAUUCGAUGCUACCAGAGAUUCAAAACUGACAUCAUUCAAUAUUUCUCGCAACCCCGACGCCUCCUGAACCUCCACCCGGGAACCCUACCCGCCUACCGCGGCGUGAUGACCACCGUUCGCGCGAUGAAAAAUAGAGAAACGCACUUUGGCUACUCUCUCCACGACAUUGACGAGAACUGGGACGCGGGCGACGUGAUUGAAAUCCGCAAGCACCCCAUUGACUAUUCCAAGUCCAUGCUUGGCUACAUGGCCGAUGUGUACGGUAUAGGGGUGCAGAUGGCACGAGACGCCGUCGACAAGAUCUCCCGGGGCCAGCAGCUGUCUAAAACCCCCCAGGACACUGAAACCAGUGCCUACUAUACAUUCCCAACUCCGGAAGAGCUACAAGACAUCCGCGACAGCGGCAUACGCUUGGUGGAUGCGGACCAGCUCAUUCGCAUUAUCGUUGAAGCUUAUGCGCCGCCGGGCGAACUGGAGAAGUUCCGCGAGUAUGUCCAGGCCGCGGUGCAGGAAUGGUACAGCCAAAAUGCGUUCAAACCAGAUGUUGAGGCCCCGACCCAAAGUCUCGACUCGUCAGUCUACCGCCCAUCGGUCAAGUGUUGA